AUGAGCUCCCGAACUCGAUUAUCCUUCGACGUCAAGCUCAACGAGCUAGGUCAGACCAUCACGAUCCAGAUAGCCGACCCCUCAGGGUUACAAGCCGACAACCUCGCCCUGGCAACCUGGGGCUCAUCCGAGAUCCUCGCCAACGUCCUGAACAAGCUACCCCGUCCAGAUUCCAAAGAGCUCAAGGGAUCCGGUAUUUGGCCGGUUCUGGAACUGGGCGCCGGGACCGGCUUGGUCGGCAUCAGUGCAGCAGCUAUCUGGCAGACCGAUGUUUGCCUCACCGACUUAGAGCCUCUGGUCCCGAAUUUGGAGGCCAAUUGUGAGCUGAAUCAUGGUCUUUUGGGGCAGCUCAAUGAGAACGCGAUGGAGGGUGUAGCGGAUCUUUCCUGCGGGAUUUUGGACUGGGCGAAGCCUGAACACCUCGUUUUCGCGGACAGCAAGGUCAACUCUGACCCAGCCCGCAUCAUAAUUGCGGCCGACACGGUCUACUCCGAAGAACACCCCGAGCUGCUCACGAAAGCCGUCUCGGCGCGCUUGGACAGGGACGAGAAGGCGAGGUUCAUCAUGUGCUACCCAUUACGAAUCGGGUAUCUGGAUCACAUCCGAGACCUAUGGGAGCGGCUGGAGCAGGGGGGGUUAGAAUGCGUGCAAGAGGGACGGGAGAAGCUGGGGAAAGAUUGGGGGGAUAAUGUGGAGGAGGAUGUGGAGUAUGAGUGGUGUGCCUGGAGUUGGAAGGCGGAGAUGUUGCCUCCACGAGGAUGA